CACAACAUUGGUUCCGCUGGACACGAUUUACUGCUGUCUGAUUCAAUCGUGCUCCUGAGUGGUAUUUUAAAUCAACUGUAAAUAUUUUAAGUUACUAAAGCCUGUCAGUGAGUCACGGAGUAACGUAUUUUGUUUAGCUGAAGUUGGGAUCCAAAUGUCUGCUGCAUCUGCGAGGACGGGUGUUCAAUACUGUUGUAGGGACCAGUUUCAGUGUGUUCACUGGGUGCCGUUUGUCAGUCUCACUCUGUCUGACUUCUUCUGUGCCGUGCUGAUCAUAAAUGGUUCCUUACUGGCCAUCUUAAAUGGGGGUCAGAGGUCUCCAUGGUGUGAAGUGGUCAGCCUGUUUAAAUUCACCUUUAUCACAUCGUCCAUCGGAAGCAUAGCACUUCUCUGUGUCCAGCCAUUUCUGGACAUGGACUCCAGAGGUAAACACUUGUCUGUCAUCAUGGCAAUGGUAUGCUUGGCUUCAUGGUUGAUGGGUGUCAUGUUUGGGAUGGUGCCAGUGAUCUACGAUUGGGUCAGGUAUGAUCCUUCGGAGAUGCUGUGUGCUGUGUUCUGGGAGAGCAGUUACUCGGACAUGUUGGUCUACAUCCUCUGUGCGUUCUCCAUCUCCAUCUUCCCCCAAGUCCUCAUCAUCCUCACCUGCUCCUUCUUGACCUCUGCUGGAUAUAGGAGGAACUCUAUCAGCCCGGCAGAUCUAUCUUCCGUCACUCCUCUGCUGGUGGUGUCCUAUCUGCUCUGCUACACUCCCUUCGCUGUGUCAGAGAUGAUUCUUCUAGGAAGGCUGGAGCUGUCACCAUCUCCUGAGUGGCUGAGGACACUUGCAUCAAUAAUGGCGUAUCUGGACUGCAGUUUGAACCCUAUCAUCUACUGCACCAACCAAGGCUUCCGAGAGGCACUACUUGCGCUGCUGUGGAAUAACAGAAAGUCAAGCUUCCCUGAGCCUGUACUGACUUGCAUAAAAAAGCUAGAGAUAUAA